ACAGACUAUUGUUUUAUUCUCUGUAUUUCCUGCAACCAUGUGCAAUAUGAUGGCCAGAAAUGCAAUUAGUUAUGUCUGACCUUUGAUGUUGUUUUGUUUUUGAAAAUUAUUGUGUUUUUAUUUCAUAUUGUUUGAGAGGUAAUAAGUUCAGCAUGCCAAACAGUCAUCGUUUCAUCGAAGACCAGUAUGGGGACAUGCUCGUCUCUGUGUCUGAGUUUAUUAAUGAUCGGUUCUACUUCGUAACUCUGCGGCAUAACGUUAACCCGAAGAGCACAGCUAACACUCAUUACUUUUGUACUGACUCUGAGCUCACUUAUGACAACUUCUAUGAUGACUUCGGCCCACUCAACCUUGCCAUGCUCUACAAGUACUGCAUCAAAGUCAACAGGAAACUCAAAGCUCAGCAGCUGCUGCGCAAGAAGCUCGUCCACUACACAUCUCUCGCCGACUACAGGACGCGGACCAACGCUGCGUUCCUUGCUGCUUCUUAUGCCGUGCUGUACCUGAAGAUGUCCCCGGACGACGCCCACAAGCUGCUGAUGUCCAACAGGAACUGUCCAGCAUUCGUGGCCUACAGGGACGCGUCGCUGGGCGUUCCCUUCCACAACCUGACGCUGCCCGUGUGCCUGCAAGCGCUGCAGAAGGCGCAUCGACUCAACUUCUUUGAUUUCGACGACUUUGAUGUGCUCGAGUACGAGUAUUAUGAGAAAGUCCAGAACGGCGACUUCAACUGGAUUAUGCCGCAAAAGUUUCUAGCUUUUUGUGGGCCUCACAACGAGAGCAAGUCUAAGAACGGAUACACGGUGCACGCUCCUGAGGCAUAUUUCGACUACUUCCGGUGCCACAACGUCACCGCCAUCGUACGCCUCAACAAGAAGCUUUACGACGCGAACAAGUUCCGCGAGGCAGGCUUCGAGCACUACGACAUGUACUUCAUGGACGGCAGCUGCCCCAGCAACGAGAUCAUGCACGAGUUCGUGAGAGUGUCUGAGCAGACCCAGGGUGCGCUCGCCGUGCAUUGCAAAGCUGGCUUGGGGCGCACUGGCUCGCUCAUCGGCUGCUACAUCAUGAAGCAUUUCAGGUUCACGGCGGACGAGACGAUCGCCUGGCUGCGCAUCUGCAGGCCAGGCUCCAUCAUCGGCUCGCAGCAGACAUGGCUGAACAGCAAGGAGCGCGGGCUGUGGCUGGAAGGCGACCUCUACCGCAGCCAGCACAAGAACUCGAACCUGAACGAGCGCUGCCCCUACGGCGUCUACAGCAUAAAACUCACCGCCAUACUCAAGGAGAAGUGCAAGGGCGCUGCCACGCUCCCCAUAACUGACAAUAGGAAUAACAACAAAAAGGUGGAUGGGCGCGCGGUGUCCAGCGAUGAAGACGACGAAGACGGCGACGAAGAAGACGAAGACCAGGGCGCUGUGAGGGACAGGAAGGCGGGUAGCGCCGUGCAGGCUGUCUUAUCCAGGGUGGAUACGCUGCAGCUGGAUGACAACAAGACGGGUAGCGGUAGUAGCAGUGAGACGUCACUUAUCAACGGCAUGAGCCAGGGCGACCGCCUCAACAGACUGAAGGCUAUCAGAGCCCAUAUCCGCUCUGCCACCACCGGACGGAUCAACAAUGACGAGAAGUCGCACAAUCGCACCAAGUCGACGCCACUGCGGAGUUCAUCCUCGUCCCCGCACGGCGCCCUGGGGUCUGAUGAGGGACGCUUCAUGAGCACCAUGAACAACAACAACGCGCCGUCCCACAUCAGCCUCGCUAACAUGAAGUCCCCUCUCAAGUCGGCCCGUGGCGUGUCUACACAACAAAGCGGUGUCGCUAAAGCCACGACUAGCGGCAUUAAGGCCACCAUAGGAGGCUUCAAGCUGGCCAUGAGCAGCGGUGCGCACACCUCGCCUGCCAGCUCGCGAGAGGCGGCGAGACGCGCCAUGCGAUCCUCUAACGCCACGGCAGUGAAGAGUCGCGGAAACAGUCACGGCAGCGGUGGGACAAGGCUUCUCACUUACAGCAACAAAAACAAGAUCAACAACAACAGCAGCGGCAGCAGCAGCAGCAAUGAUAACAGCAUCAGGACGUCGAAAACAACUAUUGUCAGCAGAUGACUACCGCUGCUGUCAUCCAGUGUGCCUAGCCAAACCACGAACAUCAGCAACGUCAGCUGCGGCAGUAGCAGCAGCAGCAGCUGCGGCCGCUCACCCGACUUCACGACUUCUGCACAAACAAAUGACGAAAUUUUUACCGCGUCAGAUGCCGAGAAUUAUUCCUCGGAGUCUCUUUCCUCGGUUGUGGCUAACGAACAGGGAAACGGUCAAAAAGAAGCACUUGAUCAAACGUUUGGCUCAGAACUCGGCGCUCGGGAGCCACUACGACUCGAUGGCAAGCCUCCCUACGGCUCCCCAACCUCAGGUUUGUCUGACUCCUUGUGCCGCCGAUCGCCCCAGGGCAGUGAUGCUCAGUCAGCGACACAAGCCAACUUUAUCGACGGCGGCAAGAAAAGAAGGAAGAAAAGAAUCAGUAGCGUGCGGAAACCAUGCUCAUGUGACUCCACCUCAGCAUGCGAGUUCUGCGACUGUACCUAUAAACGACAGUCUGUGUCUGAGCCGAGUAAACCCGUUAAUGGCACAACACAGCACGCUGAAACCAUCCGCAAGAAAAUUGAAUCCUUCCGAAGACGAUCUCUCUUCUCUGUCAAAUCCAUGUCGCGACACAGCAAGGAAGAAAGUGACUUUGAAACCAUCGGCAGAAAACCAAAGGCUCAAAGAUUCCAAGAUCUUGUUCUUACCGAAAGACAUACCUCCUCCCCCUCCUCCUCCACCGCCUCCACCUCCUACUCAGAGGAGAAAGGCACUCACCAAGAUGGACGUAGACCCCACGAGAGUUCCUCCCCCUCUACCCCCCGCCUGUCGAAACGUACGUCUACCUCCGCAACGAAGCACAACCUUGCGAAUCAAACCUCCGGCAACGAAGCGCAUAAAAUCCUGUCCGACUCUGCCUUUACAAAAAUUCAAUCAGUUCGAUCUGUCAAGUCAGGCUUUACUAGAGUUUCAUCUACAACAGCAACAUCCAGGUCAACUGACAGCGACUUCUCAGAGAUCGAAAUCUGUGCCAAAACUGCCGAAACCAAUUCAAAAACAGACAUCGCGACACCCGGCGGCUCAACAACGCAGUUUGACCCCAGACCCAAAGCUAAAUUACGUGGUACGGAAGCCUUUGAAAGAAGCUUACGGAGCCCCCAAGCAAAACUCGCUCCUCAAGAGUCUAGUCAGCGCUGGAAGUUCUUUGGCAGGUUCUCGCAAACCAAACAAGCAACAGUGACUGCAGACAAGAGUAUUUCUUAUGACGAGCCUUCUGACAUGAAUCUUCUUUGUGACGAACGUGACUUGCCGUUUGAUGAAACCGUCACUGAAACUGUGCCGGAUGAUAUGUUUGCUUUAUCAUUCGACAAGUCAGAAGAUUGGAGCACCAACACUGAACAAACGAAAGACCUUGGUUCGUCACGCAUCCAGUACCGGUCAGAGAAGUCGUCAACGGUGCCAUUUCCCACAGGAACAAUCAAUAAGGCUUCUUCGAAAAGACAUGGAGAUGCGAGUUUCCAGCGUCCGGUCAAAGUAAGUGACCGUAAACGCAAUUCAAAUCCCUUGAAUAGUAGUAUAAGAGGGAAAGCAUCUCGCGCCUCAACAAUAACGCCGAAACACACAGGAACUAACCGGCUGAGGACCUCUACCCGUUCGUCGCCACGAACUGAACGCAAAUUCAAGUCAACUAAUACGAAUAAAAGCAGGUAUCAUCAUGUGCCUGUGCCGCUUGAAGUCGCAGCCGCAUUGAGGAAAAAGAAAAAGAAGAAGAAACCUAACAUUCCCAUAGUGAAGACUACUGAUCAGUAUGUUAUCCAUAAAGAAAAGGGAACUUACAAAGUUACUCGCAAUAUCCCAGACGAUUGAGUAAUAUACUAAACAGAUAUUGCAGUAGGGAUGUCUGAAUUUUUUUUAGAGUUAAGAGAGUACAUGAUUUUGCCGAAGCUUUUGGCUGCUGGCUAACUCGUAUCUAUACGAGUGUCUAACGACGGUGAUUUUCGCGUAAUCGGAAAAAUAACACGAUGAUUUUCUUUGGGAUGGCAUCUGAAGAUAUUGAGGCACACGGAACUUCAUCUUAACGUUAUCUCCUUACGAGAUGCAUACACGAUUUUAAUAAGAAAACUGUUAAGACUCUACAAAAAUUUA